ACCAGUCCCAAAAACCCCAACCAUGCUGCGGCCACGCGCUCCGGCUUCCGCCGCCCACUUCGUCGCCGCCAAGCUCGCCGCCCAAGGAAUCAGCGCCCAUCAGGUCGAUCCCCGACUACCUCAGCCGCCUCCAGCUCCUCCACCCCGACGGCGAUUCCUCCGCCGACUUCGUCGCCGCCAAGCUCGCUGCCCAAGGAAUCAGCACCCAUCAGGUCGACCCCGACUACCUCAGCCGCCUCCAGCACCUCCACUCCGGCGGCGAUUCCUCCGCCCUCGAGCACCCUGCCCGCGGCCGUCCCGGCACCCCUCCCCACGCCAUCAAGUGCGAGCAGCCCGAGGAUGGGGAAGCCCGAAGCGCCCCCCUCCCUCCACAGCCCCAGAAGGAGGCGACCGCCUGGUGGAGGAGAGGAAACCCCCCGCCGAGAUCCCUUGGUACGAAACAGGGGAAAUGGAUGAGAGCUACCGUCAACUAUUGCGGCACACGCACAAGGACGGUGACACUCUAGUGCUCGAGAUACAGGGCGAGGUUGUGCGCUACGGGCAGGAAGCUGAUGCAGAGAAGAAGGAUGGGGAGGAAGCGGCUGCCCGUGCUGCUCCGGGGCAGAACGGUGGCGGCGUUAGGAAGGGGAAGGGGAAGAGGAAGGUGGGCAGGCCUGCGCUGAAGGCUCGUGUGCUUGAUUCCCCUCCGCAUUGGCAAAAGGGUCGGAAGGAGAAGAAAGGAGGGGAACAUGGUGGCAAGAAGAUCAAGCUGAAGGAGGAAAAGAAGAUCAAGGUGGAGGAGUUAAAAAUCGUGCUAAGAAGAUCAAGUAUCGUGUGCGCGAUUCCCCUGCGCAUCGGCAGAAGAGUAAGGGAGAGAAGGACGGAGGAGAAAAUGGUGCUGAGAAGAUCAAGGAGGAGGAGGAUGAGGAGGACGAGAAGGUGCCAGUGAUUAGCACGGGUACGCCUCCGCUGAAGGCUCGUGUUCGCGAUUCCCCUGCGCAUUGGCAACAGGGUCGGAAGGAGAAGAAAGGAGUGAAAAAUGGUGCUAAGAAGAUCAAGUUGGAGGAUGAUGAAGAGAAGCCGACGGGGGAGCUGCCUGUGGAAACACUGAAUACUGUGAACAGAGAAAGGAAUUCAAGAUAUGAUGCCGAGCCUCACAUUGAUUCGGGAUUAGAUGGUUUUGUAUGGCCUACACAUAUCAUGGAGAGGCCAGAUUCAGAAUUCAAGGAAAGGUUGAUGUGUGUUCUCCGCAAACCAUUUAGCCAGGGAGAAUACGAUAUGCUGCUUGGUAAUGCUACAAUUCGCCUUCC